AUGGCGCCAAUCACUUCACUGCUGAUGGGAGGUCUCCUCGCCGUCCAAACCGCUCUCGCUCAUCCCGGCCACUCUGUCGCAGAAGAAGCUCUGGAGCGUCGCGAGUGGCUUCAAAACGCCAAACCAAGAUCCGUGCAAGCCUGUGCCAGCGAUCUUGCUCGUCGUGGCCAGCAAGAGCGAGCACUCGCUCGUCGGGCUGAGCUUGCUCAACACGUUCGUGCCAAGCGUGGUCUGAAGACUCUCGAGCGCCGAACGUUCAGAGACUACAACAUCUCUCAUGAGUCCCCUCUGGACGUGACCCUCGGGUCUGACGAGAGGCUUCUUUUCGCCGACAACUCGAGCUGCCUCCUCCAGCCAGAGGCAACCCAAGGUCCAUACUACAUCGAUGGCGAGAUCAUUCGUAGCGACAUGUCCGAAGACGAGCCUGGCGUGCCUCUGUUCCUCGACAUUCAGCUUAUUGACACCUCGAGCUGCGACCCUGUCCCAGCCGUCUUCGUGGACAUCUGGCACUGCAACGCUACUGGUGUUUACUCUGGAGUUGUCAACCCAAGCAAUGGCAACCCCAAUGAUCUCUCCAACGUCAACGCGACGUUCGGUCGCGCCGUGCAACAGACAGACAUCAACGGCGUGGUGCAAUUCGAGACCAUCUUCCCCGGCCAUUACGUUGGACGUGCUAUCCACAUGCAUGUCUUGACCCACAACACCGAGUCCAGCAUCAUUCGAACCAACAGCACUCUUCUCAGCGGAAACUUCACCGCUCAAAGCUCGCACGUGGGACAGAUCUUCUUCGACCAAAGCCUCAUCGCUCAAGUCGAGGCUACCGCUCCUUACAACACCAACCAACAGGAACUGCUUCCAAACGAGCAGGAUGGCAUUUUGUACGCAGAGGCGCUGGGCUCAGAUCCUUUCAUGCACUAUGUGCUUCUUGGAGAUGACAUUACCGAUGGUGUUCUGGCGUGGAUCAGCUUGGGAAUCGACCCUUCUGCGGACGUGUCCAUGCCAUCAGCCGGCUCCUGGACCAAGAACGGUGGCGAUACCAAUGAGGACGGCCCCAUCAGCUCCGUGGGUAUCCCAGGCAACCCACAGGCGACUGAUAUCUCGCAGCUUCCUUGA